AUGAUAGGCUUCUCGACCUUCAUCCUGCGCAAUUACUACUCGGCCAUUGGAUGGAACGAAGACAACUUGUACAGCUCCUUCACACGCUCCUCUAGUGCUCUGCUAGACUUUCAGAUCCCUCAGUCGUUGAUACUUCAGCUCACAAACGCCCCGACCCCUGUCUUCUUCACCUCCUACGCCCUCGACGCCCUUCCCCAGCUGAACGGGUCAUUAUCAUACAUCACCACUUCUGAAGCCUUGCGAGAGAUCGGACCAGAUCGUAAAUUGGCAUUCAAAGAUGUCGUCGAGCGCUUUCGUGUUCUCCCUCCGCCCAAACGGCCGCAACCGAAAGAUGAAGUCUGGCUAGGCGGCAAGAGGAUGGAAGGCAGGGACUACCUCCUCUACUCGCGGUUACAUCUACCAUCACUACAUCUCUCGGGCCUGGCGACGACGAGGUUAGGACCGACACUACAAGCCCAUCUUGCAUUCCUCUCCCAGCCUGGCCCACCAACACCGACCCGUCCCACAUCCCCAAAUACGGCUCCCUCGCACUCUCGACAACCAUCCGAACCGUCUGCCCCCGCACCACCACCUACACCAGGAAACGUGUUUCUUUCAUUACAACAUGAUACCGGUCGGUAUUGCGGAGAGUACACGUACUCGGCGCAAGAUGGGAUGCUUGGCAUCAGGCAGCUGUACAACUUUGGCUGGCAUGGAGAAGAAGAAGACAAGGUGGAGAAGCGGGUCAAGGAUAUACGGGAGGGCAAGCGGAUUGAUGAGGAAGAUUGGAUGGAAGGUGGGCUGAAGGGCAGAUUCUCUGCCGGGGGGGAAGUGUAUUUCUCGGCAAAGCAACGGAGCUUCGGCAUAUCUACUGGCUUGAAAUUCACGACCGUCCCCCCCACAUCACCCCUUCCACCCAACGCCCCUGCUCCUUCUCCGCCAACCACAUUGACCCUCCUAUACAACCCCCUCAUCGGUUUCCUCUCCUCAGCAUACUCUGCCCAAGUCUCCCCCACGGUCGCUCUUGCCACCCGUUUCGGCGUCAACGUAUACUCGUACGAAAGCGAUUUCAGCGUCGGCGGCGAAUGGUGGAUUGGAAGAAGGCGAGGGAAGAGAGGUGCGGAGCAUGAGGAUGCUUUGGCGCGGAGUGCCCAGGCAGGGGAUGCGGUUGGGGCUGCUGUCGAGGAGAAUAGGGAGCUUGCGCAGCUCAUGGCGAAGAAGGCGGCUUUGAAGGAUACUACUUUGAGAGAAGAGGUCAUCGAAGAUGUCGUUGCGGAACAGCAGCUCGAUUCGCCUGUCCCCCUUGUGACUGAUGCGAACGCUCGCAAGGUCUUGGGACGAGCUGUCCCCCGAACUCAAACACGAGAGCCUGUGGAUGAUGAGCGAGAUGGAGUCCUCAAGGCGAGAUUUUCGGGCAACUGGCAAAUCGCCUUGUUGUACGAGGCCAGGAUCCGAAACUGUCUCGUCUCUGCUGGCAUUAAUGCUGAUCUCACCGGUACCCAGCGCCCAAUCAAAAGCGUCGGUCUCGAGGUGCAGUACUUUUCAUAA